AUGCUCUCACUCCAGCUGCUAUGGCUAGUGUCACCCGUGGUCUUUUCUGUGUCCGCUGCAGAUUGUAACUCUACGCCAAUCUCUAUACCCAUCCAAGAUUCUCAGGUCCUGCCCGAAAUAGAAGGCUCAUACAUGACCGGCCUCCGUGCAAAGGUCGGCUCUCCAGCUCAAGAUAUCUUGCUGCUGCCAUGGCCGGAAUUAAACAAUACUUGGAUAUACGACUACGAACCGGACUGUGAUCCCACCAUCAUCUGGAAUGAUCUGAUUUGCCAAGUUCGCCGGGGCAACUACUUCUACGAGAACGAUUCCAGCACCUUUGACAAGAAGACCAAUAUGGACGACGAUGGCGGUGCUGCGCAAGAAGAAAAUGAUCUCAUUGGACAAGAAUUGGGGUCAGCCCAGUUGACGAAUUUUCCAAUCGGCAUUCCUCGAUCACGAUGGGACCAUGGAUACACAACCCUGCACGCUCUGGGCUUGGGCAGGAACUCGACGUUCCUGAACUACCUCGUAGAGACAGGGCAGAUAGCCUCGCGUGUGUGGUCCAUCUUCUGGGGCCGAAUGUGGAUAGCUGACUGGCUUGAUGGGUCCGUCGUAUUUGGAGGUUACGACUCAAACCUGGUGCUUGGCAAUAAUUAUACUGAUUACUUGAACUACGACAAAGAUGACGGCUGCUUCACCGGCAUGAAGGUGACUGUCACCGAUAUAUUAUUGAAUAAGCGAAAUGGACAGGAUGUCAGCAUUGCCCCUGCCUACUUCGCUCUGCCAUGCUGCAUUGUGCCUCAGCGGCAGCUGUUGAUCGAAGCACCACCUGUUGUCCGAGAAAACUUUGAUAGCGAGACUGGAAUGAGCCUUUUAGGAGCUUCAUACGGCCUUCACUGGUCCGCUGCCUCAUACAUGGCUACUGAUGUCGGGCUAUCCAUCCGCGUGCCUAACAACCAAUUUCUGGUUCCAUAUGUCGAGAUUGCCCGCAAUGGUACGCGGGUCACCAACGACACCCGGAUAGACUUCCUCCUCAACGGCAUCGGGAAGAAUAAGACUGCAACCUUGGGCCGGUACUUCCUCACCGCGGCCUACCUCAUGGUCAAUCACGAUGCGAACACGUUCACCCUAUGGCAGGCCAACCCAUCCACGGGCAGCUCCAGCCUAGUACCUAUCAUCGAAGAGUCGACACACCAGUCUUGUGCUGGUAGUAGUGAUGGUGGCGGUGUUACGACAAACACUCCUUCAAGUACCGCGACGCCCGACCAACCCUCGUCGAUCUCAAUUGGUACCAUUGUAGGGGGUGUUGUUGGGGGUGUGGUUGGCUUGGCGGCCCUCGCCGUCGCUGUCUUCCUGAUCGUUCGCCGCCGGAGAAAGAGGCUGUCUGCGCAGCCAGUGGAGCCAGUGGAACAUCUGGACAACAACACCGAUGAGCAUCCAAAGCCCAAUGUGUUGACCGAGAUGCCACACGACAGCUUGCCACAUGAAAUUGAAGGACCUGAUUUGCAACCCGACACGCAUCAAGUAUCAGGACUUCGACAAUCGUCAUUCGCAGCGAGAGGGCCAGUUUACGAGUUGGAUGAGAAGGUCGAUCUUAUAGAGUGGCUUACAACAUUCCUCAACGGGGAAAUCAUGGUUGGGUCUGUGAACGCGUCCACUGAUGGCACCACAUCACAUAUCACAUCCAUGGUAUCACGUAUCGAAUCCCUUGCCGGCGUGCGGACCCAGUCACGAGGAUUUAAAAUGGGACGUCCCGCCAAGAUGUCAAAUUCCAACACAUCCCGUUCUCUCACGUUCAUUCAUUCAUUCAUUCACGCAUAUCAGAUUUCAGCCAUGUCGGGAGCAAUCGCAUUCAUCAGAGCCUUGAAUCAGAAAAUCCGAGCGAACAAGGUCGCGGAUUAUUUCUGCUCUACCCACUUCUGGGGCCCAGCGUCCAACUUCGGGAUUCCAAUCGCGGCGAUUAUGGAUACCUACAAGAGCCCCGACCUUCUCUUUCCGGUCGAGAGGGAUCUGCGGUUUACUUGUGAGAUUAAUACCAAUGUGUUUAGGAUAUCCGGUACCAUGACAGGUGCUCUUACAACUUACGCCUUUACCUUCAUGCGCUACUCCCUAGCCGUCACCCCCAAGAAUUAUCUCCUCUUUGCGUGCCACUUCUUGAACGCAGGAGCCCAGCUUACUCAGGGCUAUCGGUGGACGCAGUAUCAUUAUGGCAAUGGCGGCAAGGAAAAGGUGGAGGAGAUUUCAAGUACUACUGCUUAG